AUGAUGCCACUGCGACGAGACGACACGGAGAAGGCGCUGAUGGAGGCAGCGGCGCACGGCGAAGGGGUCGAAGGUCGUGCCGAAAAACUCCUCAACGUUUUCCAGAGCGACUUGUUCCAGGCUCUGAUCGAUAUCCAGGAGUUCUAUGAGCUCAGCAUUUGUGAAAGCCAGAGCCACACGGAACCAGACCCAGACCCAGACCAGAAGUAUCGUUACCACGACGAUGAGACUUCGCCUAUUGAUCCCAGCCCUGGUCACAUGACCCAAGGACGCAACUCAGACCACGCCUCCUCUCAUCCGCGAUUGGACGGAUACCCCUCCCUCACCAUGGGACGCCGCUUCAUCAACAACGUACGCCGAGCGAAACGCCACCGACAGAGACUCCUGAUGAACGGCUCUGACGGCGAACUGGAGUAUGAGGAGAUCACCCUGGAACGGGGGAACUCGGGUCUUGGUUUCUCCAUCGCCGGCGGCACAGAUAACCCUCACAUUGGAGAUGACCCCAGUAUCUUCAUCACAAAGAUCAUCCCAGGAGGAGCGGCAUCCCAGGACGGGAGACUCAGGGUAAACGACUCUAUUGUGUUUGUGAACGAUGUCGACGUGCGUGAAGUCACUCACUCCGUUGCCGUGGAAGCGCUGAAGGAAGCGGGGCCCGUGGUGCGACUGUACGUGCUGCGGCGACGCCCACCUCCAGAGCGCGCAACGCAGAUUAAGCUGUUCAAGGGCCCCAAAGGUCUAGGCUUCAGUAUUGCUGGUGGAGUGGGCAAUCAGCACGUUCCUGGAGACAACAGCAUCUAUGUGACAAAGAUCAUCGAGGGCGGAGCCGCGCACCGCGAUGGUCGCCUCUGUAUUGGGGACCGGAUCCUCGCUGUGAACCAUAUGUGUCUAGAUGAGGUGCUCCAUGAAGACGCGGUGGCGGCGCUGAAAAACACUGGAGAAGUGGUUUACCUCAAGGUGGCGCCAUCACACUUUUCCCAGGACCGAUAUAGUCCCCCAGAGAUCAGCUCGUACCUGGAGCAGGACUACAUGUGCGAGUACCCCGCUGCCCUGCCACCGCCCUCGCCCCCCCGCCGCUACUCUCCCGUGUCCCGGUGCAUGAUGGGAGAGGAGUCCCGGUGCAUGAUGGGAGAUGAACCUCGGCGCGUCCUGGUGCAGCGAGGCGCAUCCGGACUCGGCUUCAACAUUGUGGGUGGCGAAGACGGCGAGGGUAUCUUCAUCAGCUUCAUCCUAUCGGGGGGACCGGCCGACCUGAGCGGGGAACUGAGGAAGGGCGACCAGAUCCUGUCUGUGAACGGUGUGGACCUGAGGUACGCGACCCAUGAACAGGCAGCAGCCGCUCUGAAGAAUGCAGGGCAAACUGUGACCAUCCUCACACAGUACAGACCUGAUGAGUACAGUCGCUUUGAGGCAAAGAUUCACGACUUGCGGGAGCAGAUGAUGAACAGCUCGGGCAGCCUGAGGAGUCCGCGCUCCUUCUACAUCAGAGCCCUGUUUGACUACGACCAGCAAUGGGACUGUGGAGUUCUGUCUCAGGCUCUGGACUUUAACUUUGGGGAAGUCCUCCACGUGGUCGACUCCACCGAUGACGAGUGGUGGCAAGCGAGGCGGCUGACCCAGCAGGGGGAGCUAGAGGAGCUGGGAUAUGUGCCGUCCAAACACAGAGUGGAACGUAAAGAGUGGGCCCGGAUGAAGACCAAAGGGCGAGAAGGAUUUGUCCACAGCUACGAACUCGUCACACAGAUUGAAGUUGACUAUGCUCGCCCCGUCAUCAUCUUGGGUCCGACCAAAGACCGGAUAAACGAUGAUCUACUCUCGGAGUUUCCGGACAAGUUUGGCUCCUGCGUCCCCCACACAACACGUCCGAGGCGGGACUACGAGAUUGAUGGGCGGGACUAUCACUUUGUGUCGUCACGGGAACAGAUGGAGCGUGACAUCCAAUCCCAUCGCUUCAUUGAGGCGGGACAGUACAACAGCCAUCUGUACGGGACGAGCGUGCAGAGCGUGAGGCAGGUCGCCGAGCAGGGUAAACACUGCAUCCUGGACGUGUCGGCAAAUGCAGUGAGGCGUCUGCAGGCGGCACAGCUCCAUCCCAUCGCCAUCUUCAUCCGCCCGCGCUCGCUGGAGAAUAUCCUGGACCUGAACAAGCGCCUCUCCGAGGAUCAGGCUCGUAAAGCUCUGGACCGAGCUAUCAAGCUGGAGCAGGAUUUCCUUCAGUGUUUCACUGCGGUUGUGGGCGGAGACAGCUUCGAGGAGGUUUAUCAUCACGUCAAAGUGGUGAUCGAGGAGCAGAGCGGCCCCUACAUCUGGGUGCCCCAACGGGAGAGGCUCUAG